AUGGAAAUUAACAACAGUACCUUGGCCACUGAAAUUGUUCUGUUGGGCUUUUCGAAAAAUCUUAACAUUAACAUUGCACUGUUUUUAUUGUUUUCUGUGGUCUACCUUAUAACUCUUAUUGGAAAUGGUCUUUUGAUUUGCAUCAUCUUGAAAAACCACCAUUUACAUAUUCCCAUGUACUUCUUUCUUUCCAAUUUAUCCUUUAUUGACUUCUUCUAUUCCUCCACAGCUUUGCCCAAGCUUCUAGUAGACCUCCUAUCCAGAGAUAGAAUAAUUUCAAUCACUGGUUGUGGCAUCCAAGUAUAUAUCAGUAUUUUCUUAGGAGAUACGGAAUGCUUUGUCCUAGCCCUCAUGGCUUAUGAUCGCUAUGUUGCCAUCUGUCACCCUCUCUACUAUCCUAUCCUUAUGAGGUGGAGUGUAUGUUUUUGGUUGGCCUCCUUUGUAUGGAUUUUAAGCUUUUUUAUAUCUGUGGUUCCAUCUCUUCUAAUGCCAAUGAGAGUGUGUAACCCAAACCAAGUCAACCAUUUUAUGUGUGAGGUUAUAGCCAUUAUUAAGUUAUCUUGUGACAAUAUAUAUAUGAAUCAACUCGUAAUAUUUUCAAUCAGUUUUUUCACCCUUCUCCUGCCUUUCAUGCUUAUUAUCUGCUCAUAUGUUUGCAUCAUAUCAUCAGUCCUAAAAAUCCACUCUGUUGAACGUUCCAAAACCUUUUCCACAUGCACGUCUCAUAUUACCGUGGUGAUUUUAUUUUAUGGGACGGCAAUGGUCAUGUACUUCGGGCCAUCUUCUCAAUACUCAACGGACCAAGAAAAAUUUAUCUCUGUAUGGAAAUACAUUUCUGUUUUUUAUAAUAUUGUGUGCCCAAUGUUAAACCCAAUCAUUUACAGCCUGAACAACAAAGAAGUGAAAGAAACUUUGAAGAAACUUUGUAUUUCAAGUAAAACAGCAUGCAUUUCAAAGUGA